UCCCCUAAGAAAACCCAUGAAUGAACCCAUCACUUAAUGCAACAAACCCCAAAUGCCCGCCUCCAAAGGCAGGAACUUGGUCUCUCUCUUCCGUGCUAGGGCCAAGACCACCCUCAAGUCCGCCACCACCAAAACCUCACCGGCCGGCGACACAACUCUCAAGCAGUUUGUGUCCUCACUUGACCCCUCUUCCCCAACACUCUCCACGACAUUCAUUUCUAAGUCUCUUAGCAAAUGCUCAGCUAAAUUUCCGAAGCCCAAACCGUCUGUCCCUGAACUUUCAGGUCAGUGGGCCAUUCCUGGAUUGACGAAUGAAGCACCGUUAAGUUCUGAGGAUUCAACACAGCCGCUAUCACAGGAGAUACGUUACAUAUUAUCCGGUAGUUCACUUGAUCCCCAAGAGACCAAGAAUGAAAAUUCUACGGAGAGUGUGUUGGACAUUCCUUGGAUUCCAGAUAUUUCUCGUAAAGACUCCCCAACUGGUCAGAAAGGAGUAUCUCGUGAAAGGAAAAGUAAGUGGGUUUUUAAAUCUGGCCAGGUUAAUCGUUUUAACCUCUUAGUUAAAAUGUGUGCCGAUAGACUGGGGACUGAUGUCACUCUUGAAGUAUUUGGCAAAUUAGGACGAGAAACUGGUGUGAAGGAAUACAAUGCUUUAAUAGGAAUUUGUAUAAAGAAUGCUAGAAACAGUGACGAUGAAGAGGUUGCGAUGGAACAAAUUUCCAGGGCAUUUCAGCUAUUUAAAUCAAUGAGGGGACAGGGUUUCCAGCUGAAAGAGGAAACUUAUGCUCCACUUCUUAUUUAUUUGAUUGACAUGGGCAUGAUAGAAGAAUUCCAUUUUUUCUGUGGGGUUGUUAAAGAUGAGAAUCCUAGUUCUCUUUCAAAAUUGGGUUAUUAUGAGAUGCUGCUGUGGAUCAGAGUCAAUAAUGAAGAAAAAAUUGAGGAGCUUUGUGAUUACAUUGCAACCCAGGACAAUGUUGAUGAUAACAGUGUACAAGAAAAUUAUUUGUUGGCUCUUUGUGAAAGUGAUCGAAAUGCCAACUUUCGGCGGUUGAUGGAGAUUAUAGACAUAACAAAAGUUCAAUCAAUGGACCUUGUAGCAAGUAUCUUCAAAGCUUUGGGGAGGCAUUUGCUGGAAUCCUUUAUGGAGAGAUUCCUUUUGGCAUUUAAAAAUUGUGAAGAUGGAACAGAGAAGAUUUCAACUCUAAUUUUUUGUUAUGCUGCUCACAUUCCAAAUUUAGCGGUGGAAGAAGUUGUGUCAAAAUUCAAAAGCUUGCAUGCACAAUAUGAAGUUGCACCCUCUUCAAUGUCAUACGAGAAGCUCAUAUCAUAUUGUUGUGAUUCACUCAAGGUGCACAUCGCCCUUGAUAUUGUAGAUCAAAUGUGCAAGACAGGAUUAACCAUAUCCACAGGGACACUAAAUUCCAUAUUGAAUGCUAGUGAGGGGAGCUUUGAGUUUAAUCUGGUUGAACGGAUCCAUUCUUUGAUCAUACAUCAUGACCUGAAGCCAAAUACUGAGACUUUCAGGACCAUGAUAAGUUUGAGGGUGAAAAUGAAAGAUUACAUUGGUGCUUAUGAGCUGCUCAAUAAUUUGAAGGAACUUAAUUUACCACGCACAGUGAGUAUGUAUAAUGCUAUAAUGGCAGGAUUUUUUCGUGAGAAAAACAUAGUCGGGGGCUUUUCGGUUCUCAAGCAAAUGGAGAAUGCAGAUGUAAAACCAGAUUCCCAAACUUUCAGCUACUUAAUAAGCCAUUGUGAUAGUGAAGAGAGAAUAAAUAAGUACUAUGAAGAAAUGCAGUGUGUUGGAGUUCAAGUUACGAAGCAGGUUGUAAUGGCCCUUAUUAAUGCAUAUGCAAGUAUUGGGCAGUUUGAGAAGGCAAAACAGGUACUCGCAGAUAAAGGGGUUUCAACCCGGGGCUUAACUGAAUGUAAAAGUGCGCUCGUCUCUGCACUCGCAUCACAUGGACAAAUAUCUGAUGCCUUGCAAAUAUACAAAGAAAUCAAGGACGCAGAAUGUGAUCUGGAGCCGAAAGCUAUUAUAAGUCUUAUAGAGCACACCCAAUCUGAAGGAGAAAUAAGUAGAUUGUUUAAGCUGCUGAAGGAAUUGCAUGAUCAAGACUAUUGGGUGGAUGGUUGCUGCAGAGUCCUCUUGUAUUGUGUUCGGAAUAAACAUACAAGCUCUGCUAUUGAUUUGCUGAAGCAACUUGACGAAAAACUUUGCAAUGAUGAGUUAGCUCUUGGAAUUAUUGUUGAUGAGGUUUUCUCUAUUGUGGCCGAUACAGACGAUACACAUUUGGACGUUUGCCUGAACUUGCUUCGAGCCAUAAAGGAUGAGCUUGGACUCUCCCCUUCGAGGAAAUGUCUUGAUUUUCUCCUUAGUGCCUGUGUUAAUGCCAAAGAUCUCCAAAGUUCUCUUUUCAUUUGGAGGCAAUAUGAGAUAGCUGGUCUUCCUUACAAUGUUGUGAGCUAUUUGAGGAUGUAUCAAGCUCUAUUAGCUUCAGGCGCUCAUAGAUCGGCAAAAGAUAUGCUGUCUAAGAUUCCGAAAGACGAUCGUGACGUUCGCUCCAUCAUCCAAGCGUGUCAAUUGGCUUUCAAGCACACCAUUGCAGAAGCUAAACCUAAAACAAAAAGGAAAAAAAAAGGUAUAGGAAUGUAGUAGCAAUUUUAUACGAGGAAAGAAGAGAAAAAGAUCGGUUUAUCAUGUCGAAUGCUGUCGAGUAUGAACACACCAUGUAUCCAGGAAUUCAUAUGCAUAUAUUCCUUUGUUCGGGAGAUUGACUGAUUUUUAUUCA